AUGGAGCACGACUACAUCCACAUCCGCAACAGCUCCCUGCCCGGCUGCGGCUUAGGGUUCCUGCCCGUGGUCUACUACAGCCUGCUGCUCUGCCUGGGGCUCCCAGCAAACAUUUUGACAGUCAUCAUUCUGUCACAGUUAGUGGCUCGCAGGCAGAAAUCCUCCUACAACUACCUUUUAGCUCUGGCAGCUGCAGACUUGCUGGUGCUUUUCUUCAUUGUCUUUGUAGACUUUUUGUUGGAAGAUUUCAUCCUGAAAGAGCAAAUGCCAGAGGUCCUGGACAAAAUCAUCGACGUCUUAGAGUUUUCUUCCAUUCACACCUCUAUUUGGAUUACCGUGCCUCUCACCAUCGACCGAUACAUAGCGGUCUGCCAUCCUCUGAAAUAUCACAUGGUUUCUUACCCAGCCCGCACCCGAAAAGUGAUAGUAAGUGUUUACAUCAUUUGUUUUCUGACCAGCAUCCCUUAUUAUUGGUGGCCCAACAUCUGGAUAGAAGACUACAAAAGCACGCUGGUCCAUCACAUCCUCAUCUGGAUCCACUGUUUUACCAUCUACUUAGUCCCCUGUUCUAUUUUUUUCAUCUUGAAUUCCAUCAUUGUAUACAAGCUUCGGCAGAAGUGUCAUUUCCGAUUGAGAGGCUAUUCCACCGGGAAAACAACUGCCAUCUUGUUCACCAUCACCUCCAUUUUUGCCAUCCUGUGGGCACCGAGGAUUAUCAUGAUCUUGUAUCACCUUUAUGUCUCGCCGCUAAAUGACAGUUGGUCCAUCCACAUUGUCUCCGAUGUUGCCAACAUGUUAGCGCUCCUGAACACAGCCAUCAAUUUCUUCCUGUACUGCUUCAUUAGCAAGCGAUUCCGCACCAUGGCAGCUGCCACGCUCAAGGCCUUCUUUAAGUGCCAGAAACAACCUGUCCAGUUCUAUACAAACCAUAACUUUUCGAUAACCAGCAGCCCCUGGAUAUCCCCUGCCAACUCGCACUGUAUCAAAAUGCUUGUUUAUCAAUAUGAUAAAAAUGGAAAGCCUAUAAAAAUAUCACCAUGA